AUGAUGGUGAUAAGAAAUUAUAACUGGAAAACCCCCAGUGCUCCCAGAAGAGUCACGGCCAAAGCGAUGUCCCCUCAUGCCAUCCAGGUCAUCUGGCGCGACCCAGACCUAAACGGAAAAGACGGAGAGAAGGAUUCCCGACACUAUAUCGUCAAAUACAAAGAAGUGAAUGACCUGGUCAAUGGCAGCGAUUUUGUGAAUACCAUCAGAUCUCGCCAACUGAAGGUAAAAAUUAACAAACUGACGCCCAAGACGACCUAUGACAUUUGGGUGAAGACGGUCAAGAACAAGAAGGCCAGCUCUUGGACUAAGGCCAACCAACAUAUCCAAGUGUUGUGGCAGCCACCGGUGGCAUCUAAGCUGAAUGGACAGACUGUGGGUUACACUCUUCAGUACAAACACACUGGCACCACAGAUGAAGACAUCCAAACUGUUACCUUGGCAGAUACACUGCAUCACACUCUAACAGACAUUACUGAUAAUGAGACAUAUGAUGUACGGUUAGCAGCACGUACAGUAAAUGGAACUGGGCCUUACACAGGAUGGAAGUCUGUGUUUGUACCACAGAACAGUGAUGAAGGACUAAAUUUGAGCGACCACCUUAAACUUGACCUUGUAGUCCCACCACCCUCAGAUGUCAAGGUUGUAAAUAAGACCAGCACAAGUAUAUUUUUGGUUUGGUCGGUGGAUAAGAUCCCAGAAUGCUGUCCUGUUGUAGCUUACAAGAUUGUCAUUAGCAACUAUAAUGAUUCAUCUGAAUAUGAGAUAGUACGAGGGACAGCACAUGUACAUCUGAUGAGCCUAACACCAAGCACCCUGUAUGGAGUCACCAUCACAGCCCUAAGCACAACUGGUGAAAGCUCACCUUCAAAGGAAACUCUUUUUACUACGUUAGAGGCAGAUAUUGCUGAACAAGUCAAAAUUGUCUCUGGCUUCAAAAAUGAAGACACACUGACAUCAUCUUUAUUUCUGCACAAAGUCAGACGGGAAGCAGGAAGAGAGUACAUCUGUAUUGCCAGCAAUAAUGUUGGAUCAGACAAAAGUCAUCUUUAUUUGCCAGUAUAUGAAACUCCACGAAUAAUUACAUCUCAUGGGAUAUCUGUGACGAGUGGCUCAGUGGCCCGACUGGCAUGUGAGGCUUAUGGUAAACCAGUGCCGGAUAUAAUCUGGAUACAGUCAACGUCUGGGACAGUCUUUGAUGAAGUAA